AUGGUGCGGACGACGGUGCAGGAGCUGGCGGCGGCCGUCGAGGAGCCGCCGCGGCAGUACGUGGUGCACGAGCGAGACCAAGACCACCUGCUGGCCGCCGACGAGAUGCCGGACCCCAUCCCUCUCAUCGACCUUGGCCGGCUCACGGCCGCCGACGAGGCCCACAAGCUCCGGGAGGCCCUACAGACCUGGGGCCUCUUCCUGGUCACCAACCAUGGAAUUGAGGAGUCUCUUAUGGACGCCAUGAUGAGCGCGUCGAGGGACUUCUUCCGGCAGCCGUCUGAAGAAAAGCACAAAUGUAGCAACCUGAAAGAUGGCGGCAGGCACUUGGAGGUGGAAGGCUAUGGAAAUGACAAAGUGGUAACCCCCCAGGAUCAGGGCCUCAGCUGGAACGACCGGUUGCAUUUGAGAGUGGAGCCGGAAGAUGAGAGGAAUUUUGCCAAGUGGCCCACCCACCCGGAAUCUUUCAGGGAUGUGCUACUUGAGUACGCAACAAGAACCAAGAGAAUAAGAGAUCUUAUCUUGCGAUCAAUAGCCAAGAUCCUGGACCUUGAUGAGGAUUACUUCGUCAACCAAAUAUCAAACAAGGCUCGUGGGUUUGCUAGGUUCAACUACUACCCCCCAUGUCCGAGACCUGACCUAGUUUUGGGCAUGAGGCCUCACUCUGAUGUUGGUCUCCUUACCAUCCUUUCUGUCGACCACGACGUCGGUGGCUUGCAAGUUCAGAGAGAUGGGAAAUGGUAUAAUGUUCCAGCCAAGCCUUAUACUUUGGUGAUUAACUUAGCUGACUGCAUGGAGAUAAUGUGCAACGGAAUCUUCAUGAGCCCAGUUCAUAGGGUGGUGACGAAUGCCAAGAAGGAGAGACUUUCACUGGGUGUGUUUUAUGUUGUGGAUGGCGAGAUGGUGCUGGAGCCUGCGCCUGGUUUGCUGGAUGACGAGCGACCACCAAGAUAUGGGAAAUUCAAGGCCAAUGAUUUCGGUUUUUCUUUCGACUGA